AUGGAGAAGGCUUCUAACACCCUUGACUACAUUCUUGACACUGUACCUGUGGUACACCCUCUGGAAUCCUACCUUUCACUCCUCAAGUUUGAAGGGAAGCUUAUCAUAAUUGGCGCUGUUCCUAGGCCUUUGCAGUUUAUUGCAAGUGAUUUGAUUCUAGGGAAGAAAUCAAUUAGCGGGAGCUUCGUUGGGGGCAUCGAAGAGACACAGGAAUUACUGGACUUUUGGGCAGAGAGAGGCUUGACAUCGAUGAUAGAGAUAGUGAAGAUGGAUUAUGUGAACAAGGCUUUUGAGAGAAUGGAAAGGAAUGAUGUAAGGUAUAGGUUCGUGCUGGAUGUGGCCGGCAGCAACCUCGAAUGA